AUGCCUAAUAUGUACAUUGUUCUCCUAGUUAAGGGUCAAGACCCCACCGGUCAAGAAAUUAAUGUGACUUGUGAAGUACAACAAUUAUUAGGAAAUAAUCGAGUUCGGGAUGUAGCUAUGAGUGCUACAGAUGGUUUAAUGAGAGGAAUGGAAGUGAUUGACACGGGAACUGCCCUAAGUGUUCCUGUCGGUGGAGCAACUCUAGGAAAAAUUUUCAACGUGCUUGGAGAACCUAUUGAUAAUUUAGGUCCGGUAGAUACUUGCACAACAUCCCCUAUUCAUAGAGCUGCGCCCGCCUUUAUACAGUUAGAUACAAAAUUAUCUAUUUUUGAAACAGAAAUUAAAGUAGUAGAUCUUUUAGCCCCUUAUCGUCGUGGUGGAAAAAUCGGAUUGUUCGGUGGAGCUAGGGUAGGUAAAACAGGACUAAUUAUGGAAUUAAUCAAUAACAUUGCGAAAGCUCAUGGGGGUGUAUCCGUCUUUGGCGGAGUAGGCGAACAUACUCAUGAAGGAAAUGAUCUUUACAUGAAAAUGAAAGAAUCUAGUGUAAUUAAUGAAGACAAUAUUGCAGAAUCCAAAGUAGCUCUAGUCUAUGGUCAGAUGAACGAACCGCCGGGAGCUCGCAUGAGAGUUGGAUUGACUGCACUAACCAUGGCAGGAUAUUUCCGAGAUAUUAAUGAGCAAGAUGUACUUCUAUUUAUUGACAAUAUCUUCCGUAUUGUCCAAGCUGGAUCCAAAGUAUCCGCUCUAUUGGGGAGAAUGCCUUCCGUUGUGGGUUAUCAACCCACCCUUAGUACCGGAAUGGGUACUUUACAAGAAAUAAUUACUUCUAACAAAGAGGGGUCGAUAACUUCCAUUCAAGCGGUUUAUGUACCUGCAGACGAUUUGACUGACCAUGCUCCUGCCACGACAUUUGCACAUUUAGAUGCUACUGUUGUACUAUCAAGAGGAUUAGCCGCUAAAGCGAUCUAUCCUGGAGUGGAUCCUUUAGAUUCAACGUCCACUAUGCUCCAACCUCAUAUCGUCGGUAAUAUUGAUGAAGCUACUGCGAAGGCUAUGAACUUAGAAAUGAGAACAACUUGA